GGCGUCUGCGUGCGCCGCGCUCGGCGCGGGGGCCGCUGGGAGCGCGAGGAUGGUGGCCGGCGCCUUCCCUAUCGCCAAGCUGCUCUACCUGGGCGUCCGGCAGCUCUCCAAGCCCCUGGCCGCGCGCAUCAAGGACGGGGCCCGCGCCAGCCCCUUCUUCCGCCAGUACAUCUGCGGGCCCCCCGCGCAACGUGAGUCAGGCGGCGGCAGCGCCCCCCGCGAUAGGGGGAGUCUCCCGUCAGGGUAGAAAGGGAAGCCAAUGGGAGAGAGGGUGGGCGGGCACGCGAGGGGAGUAGGCCAAUAGGGAGGCGAGGGGGCGGGCCUCCGAGGAGACGCGGGCCAAUCGGGAGGCGGAGAGGCUACGGCGGUGACAUUGAGAGGUCCCCUUCCUGGGCAGCACGUGGGAAAGCAGAGGGGGCGGAGGCCCCUGACCCAGUGGCCGGGAAGUUAAUUAAUUAAUUAAUUAAUUAAAUUGAUUAAUUAAUUUUAUUUAAUAAAAUUUGUACAACGCUGGAUUGUUUGGAAAAACCACCAAAGCGGUUUACAAAGAGAACAAAACAAUGAAAACAAAUCAGUGAAAAGUUAAAAACUAAGUUAGAAAUCCAAACUUAGACUCAUCAGUAGACUGGAAACAGACACUAGAACUCACACCCAACUUUCUAAGCCUCCGGACAGGUUUGGCUGAGCAAAGAUGAUCGUCAGCCGCCUGGUGUCCAGUGGCAGGGAGUUCCCAAGUGUGAGUGUCUGGAGCCUCAGCCAACCCCAGGCAGAACUGAUAAGCCAAAGCUACCUUCUGGAGGGACAGAAGCCAUUUUGAGGGGGACAGAGAGUGGAAGGUUGUCCUCUUCUUGGUGGGUUUUUUGCCCACUUAGGGGCGUCCUUAGAUCUGUCACCAUCGUCGGAGGCACAGGGAUCCUCAGUGGCUCUCAAGAGAGCUUCCUUCCACCUUUGGCUGUUCCUGGGCAGGGAUGGCUUGGCCAUGGUGGUGCAGGCCUUGGCAACGUCUUGGCUGGACUACUGCAAUGUAUUCUCCAUGGGGCUACCCUUGAAGGCGGUGAAGGUCCUGUGUGAGUGCCUGGAGGCGGUUGGAGGAUGGAUGGCAGCUAACAGAUUGAGGCUAAAUCCUGACAAGACAGAAGUACUGUUUUGGGGGGACAGGGGGUGGGCUGGUGUGGAGGACUCCCUGGUCCUGAAUGGGAUAACUGUACCCCUGAAGGACCAGGUGCGCAGCCUGGGAGUCAUUUUGGACUCACAGCUGUCCAUGGAGGCGCAGGUCAGUUCUGUGUCCAGGGCAGCUGUCUACCAGCUCCAUCUGGUACGCAGGAUGAAACCCUACCUGCCCACAGACUGUCUCGCCAGAGUGGUGCAUGCUCUGGUUAUCUCCCGCUUGGACUACUGCAAUGCGCUCUACAUGGGGCUCCCUUUGAAGGUGACCCGGAAACUGCAAUUAAUCCAGAAUGCGGCAGCUAGACUGGUGACUGGGGGCGGCCGCCGAGACCACAUAACACCGGUCCUGAAAGACCUUCAUUGGCUCCCAGGACGUUUCCGAGCACAGUUCAAAGUGUUGGUGCUGAUAUUUCAAGCCCUAAAUGGCCUCAGAGGCCCAGUAUACCUGAAGGAGCAUCUCCACCUCCAUCGUUCUGCCCGGACACUGAGCUCCAGCUCUGCUGAAAAAAUUUGCUGACCCCUGGCUUCAUGGGCAUCUGUUCCAUUAAAUGAUGUUUCUCGGGAUGUGUCCUGCCCACGCUUCCUGCCCCAGAGGACAGAAAUAGGAUCAUAGAAUUGUAGACUUGGAAGGGACCCUAAGUGUCAUUUGCCACAGCAAUGCAGGAAUCAUCAAACUCACAUUUAAUCACUUUAUCCGCAAGAAAAUCCUCAAUAACUGUUCUCUGUAAAUAGUAAAAUUCCAUUCUUAACUGCCCUGAUCAGAUAUUUACCUUGAAACUAGUGCGACUGGUUCAGGAGACUCUCUCUCAGAUGGAUUCUAACUUAAUAUGCACAAGAUGGCAGGUUUGGAAGCAACCGCACAAGCAUUGUUAUAGUCUUGAAUCAUGCCGCGUUUUCUCUGAAAUAAAAAAGUCUCAAACACUGCAGCAUUUCCUCACAGGGGAGUCCUGAGAGAUAUGCAUUGGCUCCCAGUACAUUUCUGAGUACAAUUCAAAGUGUUGGUGCUGACCUUUAAAGCGCUAAAAGGCCUCGGCCCUAUAUACCUGAAGGAGCAUCUCCACCCCCAUCGUUCUGCCCGGACACUGAGGUCCAGCUCCGAGGGCCUUCUGGCGGUUCCCUCGCUGCGAGAAAUGAGGUUACAGGGAACCAGGCAGAGGGCCUUUUCGGUGGUGGCGCCCACCCUGUGGAACACCCUCCAUUCAGAUGUGAAGGAAAUAAGCAGCUAUCUUAUCUUUAAAAGACAUCUGAAGGCAGCCCUGAUUAGGGAAGUUUAAAUGUUUAAUGCUGUAUUGUUUUUAACACUUGAUUGGGAGCCGCUCAGAGUCGCCGGGGCAACUCAGCCAGAUGGACAGAGUAUAAAUAAUUUAUUAUUAUUAUCCUUGAUUGUUUCGGCUGCCCUUUUCUGAACCUUUCCGAACUCCACAAUGUCUGCCAUGGUGAAAAUUGGGGUGUUAUUUUUAUUCAUAACAUCUGCAUACUGCCCUUCCAUCAACAGAUCUCAGGGCAAUUCACAACAUCAAAAUUACAAUUAAAAACCCCCACAAAAUAUACCCUCCAGGCCUCUCUUGGAAGAAACACACACAAAAAGGCCUUAGAGUCAGGGUCCAGGUAGAAAAUAUGGGAGAAACACACUUUGAAAAUGUUGUCUAGAAGGAUAAAAGAAAAUUAUUAUAAAUUAAUUUGGAGAUGGUAUUUAACGCCAGUCAGAUUAAAUCAAAUAAACAAGGAAUAUUCGGUGCUAUGUUGGAGGGGAUGCCAGGAAACAGGGACCUAUGUUCACAUGUCGUGGGGAUGUAAAUAUGUACAAUUUUUUUGGCAAAGGGUGUUUAAGGAAAUAACAGAAAUCACUGCGUUAAAGCUGACCAAAGAAUUACUGUCAAUGUACGAUGGGUUGGAAGGUUCACGGGCUAUGAAGGACUUGCUCACUAAUUUAUUGAAAACUGCACAAAUUAUUAUAGCUAGGAAGUGGAAGGAACAAGGUGAAUAUAAAAUGGAAGAAUGGUACAAAGAGGUGUGGGAUAUAGCUGUUAAUGAUAAAAUAACAUGUGCCAUUCAGGUAAGAUGGGGAAUAUGCAGGAGAAAUGAUUUUGAGGAGAUAUAGAGGGUGUUUGUAGAAUUUAUAUUGUUAAAACGGAAAGGGGUUAAACCAUUGCAAGAGGUGUUGCAAUUUUGGGAGGUUGGAUAGUGACAAUGGAAUGGUGUCAGGAAGUGGGGUGCACAUUUUUAUUCUUAUUUAUUUACAGAUAUUACGCGGGUGGCGCUGUGGGUUAAACCACAGAGCCCAGGGCUUGCCGAUCGGAAGGUCGGUGUUUCGAAUCCCCGCGACGGGGUGAGCUCCCAUUGCUCAGUCCCCACUCCUGCCACCUAGCAGUUUGAAAGCGUGUCAAAGUGCAAGUAGAUAAAUAGGUACCACUCCGGCGGGAAGGUAAACGGCGUUUCCGUGCGCUGCACUGGUUCACCAGAAGCGGCUUAGUCAUGCUGGCCACAUGACCCGGAAGCUGUACGCCGGCUCCCUUGGCCUAUAAAGCGAGAUGAGUGCGCAACCUCAGAGUUGUCAACGACUGGACCUAACGGUCAGGGGUCCCUUUACCUUUUACUUUGUCAAAGAAAAAAUUAAAAAAUAAGUGAUACCUGGAAGGCUUCAGGCCUUGCACCCUGGACAUUCCUCACUCUUCCUUUUCCUCUUGCAGUGUACCACUGGGUGGAGAUGCGAGCCAAGAUGCGCAUCAUGGGCUUCCGUGGCGCCGCCAUCAAACCGCUGAACGAGGAGGCGGCUGCCGAACUGGGGGCGGAACUGCUGGGCGAAGCCAUCGUCUUUGGGGUGGGGGGCCUCUGCAUCUUCCUGGAGUACUCCCGCCAAACCACCAACAGCAAGAAGAAGGAGGACGAGCUAAGCAGCACCCUCGAGAGCCUGCAGGAGCAGGUGGCCGAGCUGAACUUGACGGUGGAGACCCUGGACGCCCGGCUGCGGGAGCUCAACCGGGUCCUCGUCGAGGUCUCUGCCUCCCCCAAGAAAUAACGGGGAUGGCGGGCAGAGAGAGAGAGAGACAGGCGGCUUCCUAAAACUGCGCCCGACUGCCGGCUGCGCCGCGAGGUUCCCCCUUGCUGGACGGCGAAGGGCGCCGCGGGGAUCCUGGCCUACGCAGGAUUCGGGGUGCGAAAGUCCCGCGUCCCAACCUACCCUGUGGUGCUGAGUUUCUCGGCCUUUUGCAAGUGUGUAAAUACUGAAUCCAUUAAAAAAAAAAAAACAAAUUGCAGAGAAAAAA